AUGGUGUUGAUAAUUGCUGUAAAAAUAACUUUAAAUAUUCUGUGUGUGAUAGUUAACCUUGGAUGCUACACAUCAGUGAUGGCAUUGCAAUUUAUACAUAAUUGUUGCAGUCGGCUCGAGGAGAACUAUAAGGAAGCGGAGGAAGUGCCGGAGUUGGAGCUCCAGAAGGCAAUACAGCUGAUGUCGAGGUUAAAUAAGCUGGGAGUGUAUAACUCGCAGCUUUUCGCAUUCGUGGCAAGACACGUAAACAGGUUAAACGACAGGCUGCUGUCGGAUUUCGCAAGCAUAUCGCAGAAGUACGGCCUGAGAACGAAGCACAUUUUGGAUGUGUGCUACAAGGAGAGUCUUAACAGGAUCGAUGACGUGGACCUGGACCUAUCCCUGAAUCUUCUGAGGAGCUUCAGCUUCUUCUCGUACGAGUACAGAGAAAUAUACCUCAAAAGCGCGGGUAAAAUCUUGGAGAACGUGAACUCGCUGUCGAACGAGGACGCGCUGCUGAUGCUGAACGUGGCGAAGACGCUGAACAGCUACCCAGAGAUGAUUAGAAUGAGGGACGAAAUCCUGACUAGAAUCGAGGAGAACAUACUCGUGAUGCCGAACGCGCACCUGAUUAAAUGUGUUGGAGAGUUAUACAGAGGAUUGCGCUCAAGAAGGGCGAAAACGUUUGUCUCAAGUGUUUUGGAUAAGAUUGAAGAGGACGACCUGAAGAACCUAACAAUAAACAGCUUGGUAAACCUGAUGCACACAAUCAAUCACUUUAAGACUAAGCUGACGUAUCUGACAGAUAUAUUGAGGAUACUGGGAUCGAGAAUCAACGAAGUGGUUUCAAAUAGGAACCUGGGCCUGUGGGUAGACGUAUUCACAGUAACACUGGAAUGCGGAUGGCUGUCGUUGCCAUUUAUGCAGGCAGCGAUCAAGAAUAUAAUACUGGAGCCGCAGGUGCUGUGUAGAGUGUCAACGUAUCAACUGGUGAAAGUGUUGCAAACAUUUUAUAAGCUGCGCGUAUACCAUGAAGAGUCAUAUAAGGCUCUUAUCGAUGCCAUUGAAAAUGGGUUCGAUACACUACUGCCGAAGUUAAACAUGGUUUCGGAGACGAUAUUGGCCGCAGCAGACGGGAAUCUGGAAAGAAAUGAAUUGUUUACCAAGAGUUUCGAUUUUAUAACAAAGCGAGUGGAGGAUCUCGACCUUAUAAACUCCGGAGAUGACUUGUUGACAGUGAUGAGCAGCAAUUACAUAUGGCCGAGAAACAUAAUAACGAGUGCCUGGAGUUUCGCAGUGAUGGAUUUCCACAAGAAAGAAGAAUUUAGAGCACUUAUGGAGUUGCUUUUGCAUCCAAAGCUCCGCAACGAAGAUGUGGAUUUGAAUUUAAUACUGAUGUGUCUGGAGAUCGCAGAGGCGUGCUUGGUGGACGGAGUGCACAUGGACCUGGCACAGGAAGUGUCGGAAACAUACGGAGAUAAGAUGCGAUUUAAGGAAAUAAACAGAGAAGAGCCGGAGGAGUUGGAAAACCUGAAGGACAAUAGACUUAGUUUCUCAGAGUCACAAAACAUGCACUUCCACAAGGGAAGAGCGAGAGCAACGAGGCACAUCCAGAACAUACUGGACGUAUUGAACAAAAAGGACGUGCUGCUGAGAGUGGCGCCGCAUUACAACUCGCCGUACAUAGUCGACGUGUGCUUUUCGAAGGAGAAUAAGAAGGGAAUUGUGCUGUUCAGCGGAAGGGAGCUCCUGAGAAACCACUUCGACGGCAAGUGGACGAACAACGACACGGGCUCUACGAAGUUGAAGCUUAAGAUACUGAACAAGCAGAACUGGCACGUGGUGGCUCUCAGCUGCAGCGAGUGGUCGCACCUGGCCUCUGGAGUGGAGAGGAAGGAGUACGUAAAGAGCCUGAUGGACCGCUUAAACGUUUCGUACUGA